CUUUUGAGAGAUCAGUCCUGCUAUCCUGUCACUUAUUGUCACUUGCUGAAGCAGAACGCUACACGUACAAGUCUUGUUAGCUUUGCUUGAUAGACAUUGGCUCAGAACAAUGCCAAACUUCUGUGUCUCCACUAGUCUACACGUUGCGUGGCCACUCAUCUUGAAAAUGGAUUUUGAAUUAUGAGCAUUGCCACCACUGGGCCAGAGUAUUCUCUUCAAAUCAGUUCUGCAGCGACUACGCCGUCAUGUGAAUGAGUAGUCAUGCUGCGUUUUUAUGUCCUUGUCUCCCUUUGCGCCUUUAUUGGCCACCGUGCUCAUGGAGAAGAGUGGUGCCUCGGUGGAUGUGGCCAUUGCCACAACGUGACGACGUCGGAUCUGUUCGUUGAAUUCAGUACUGAUACUAUUCCAGGAGAAUUCAUAGUAUCGUUCAAGGGGUACUAUCGACUCCGUGUGCUUCAUCAAUACGUUCAACAUCGCUUGAUUUCGGCUGGCAUUUCGGAUUGGGAGUUUGGCGAGCGCAGCGCGUUAGUCGCACAACACCCGACUGACUUUGCUGUCGUAAAGAUCAAUGGCAGCUGUGAACCUGCCAUAGCUGCCGUGCAAGGUCAUAGACUAGUGAAGAGUGCCGUUUCUGAAAAGAAAAUCACCCGAACACUCUCAUCUGUAUCACCAGCUGCUGCAGGUGAUGCCGAUCCAUGGAGAACUAGAUGGAUGUCGAGACAGCCGCGUCAUGUAAACAAACCCAAUGAGCCCCGUCCUAGAAACUCUGGUCCCAAUCGCCGGUUGAAUGUUGCCCUGCCUCCAAGACAACAGAUCACCAAUGCAUUACAUGCUGAAGAGCUCUGGGCUAAAGGCUUGUCAGGUGCAGGAGUUCGUGUGGCCGUGUUUGAUACUGGCCUGGCAGAGAGUCAUCCACAUUUCCAACACAUUCGAGACCGAACCAACUGGACAUCCGAACAGACCCUGGAUGAUGGUGUUGGACAUGGUACGUUUGUGGCCGGAGUCAUCAGCAGUUCACGGGAAUGCUUUGGAUUUGCUCAGAACGCUGACCUGUACAUAUUCCGUGUCUUCACAAACAAUCAAGUUUCUUACACUUCCUGGUUUUUGGACGCUUUCAACUACGCCAUCCUGAAGAAGAUACAUGUGCUGAACCUCAGCAUUGGUGGUCCAGACUUUAUGGACCAGCCGUUUGUUGACAAGGUCUGGGAGCUUACAGCCAAUAACGUCAUACUCGUGUCAGCCAUUGGCAAUGACGGCCCACUGUAUGGCACUCUAAACAAUCCAGCAGAUCAGAUGGAUGUGAUAGGUGUGGGUGGCCUAACCCAGGAUGGCAGCAUUGCCAAGUUCUCAUCACGUGGAAUGACCACAUGGGAAUUACCUGCUGGCUAUGGUCGCGUUAAGCCAGAUAUCGUCACGUACGGAACAGAAGUUCGAGGUUCCAAUCUCAAGGGCGGCUGCCGGUCUUUGUCAGGGACUAGUGUUGCUUCUCCGGUGGUGGCAGGAGCUGUCACACUUCUAGCAAGUGCCGUAGUGGAUCAACCUGGUAUUCUCAACCCAGCCAGCAUGAAACAAGCUAUCAUGUCCACUGCCAGUCGUGUAGCUGAUGCUAAUCUCUUCGAGCAGGGUGCUGGAAAGCUAGACCUGUGGAAGGCAUAUCAAUUCUUGAUCAAGUACAAGCCGCACAUAUCGCUUAGUCCCAGCUACGUCGACCAGACUGAAUGCCCGUACAUGUGGCCAUUCUGUUCUCAGCCUCUGUAUGUGGGAGCACAGCCAAUGACAGUCAAUGUCACGGUGUUGAACGGCAUGGCUGUUUCAGGAAGGUUUCUUGGCCAGCCGAGAUGGCAUCCGCUAUCAUUGGCUAAUGGCGACCUGAUCAAGGUCUCUCUGGAUUGGGCUCCUGUGUUGUGGCCGUGGGCUGGCUAUUUGGCUGUAUCCAUUGCUGCACGUCCGGAAGCAGCUAACUUUGAAGGCACUGCAGAGGGAUAUGUAGUUGUUACUGUCAUAUCGGACACAGUGGAAUCUACUGGUGGUAGCAUGAUAUCCAAUGCUACACUACCCAUCAAAGUGCGCCUUAUACCUACGCCUCCAAGGCACAAACGUCUGCUUUGGGACCAAUACCACAACCUGGGAUAUCCACCUGGCUACUUUCCACGAGAUAAUCUACGCAUGAAGACGGACCCUUUGGACUGGAAUGGUGAUCAUAUACACACAAACUUCAGGCCUCUCUAUGAACAUCUGCGCACAAAUGGUUAUUACAUUGAAGUUCUCGGUGCACCGUUUACUUGCUUCGAUGCCUCCCAGUAUGGUGCGCUCAUGAUCGUAGACCCGGAGGAGGAGUUCUUCCAGGAAGAGAUUGCCAAGCUGCGGAAUGACGUACAGCACAACGGCUUGUCCCUUAUGGUCCUGGCUGACUGGUACAACACAUCGGUCAUGAGGCGUAUUCAGUUCUUUGACGAAAACACAAAGCAAUGGUGGAUCCCUGAUACUGGUGGUAGUAACAUACCUGCUCUAAACCGUCUCCUACAACCGUGGUCCCUGGCAUUUGGUGACACGGUAUGGGAAGGUGAUUUCACUGUCGGACAUCAUAGCACUUAUCUUGCCUCAGGUACUAGCUUUGUUAGUGUUCCUGAUCAGGCACUAGUGCUCUCUGCACGUAUGAAAAACCAAGGCGAGGAAGUGUUGGCAGGUACAGCUGCUGUACAUAAUGAUGUUCCCAUACUGGCAUUACUGCCCAGGGUUGAUAGCUUGUCGUCCAGUGGCCGCAUUGCUGCAUAUACGGACUCAAACUGCGUGGAUGGUAGUCACAUGCAGAAAGAUUGCUUCUGGCUUAUUGAUCAUCUACUUCGCUUCCUGAUUUCCGGCACCGUGCCACCAGAGAUGCAGACAAAGCCGUCAUUUGGGAUGGUAUUACCGACACCUCCCGCCCUCGAUUCCCUAGCAGGUCGUUUCUCCCAGUUUUCCAAAGUGCUUUCCAAGGUCGACCAACAGCCACUACCAAUUCCAGCAUGUCGUAAUCUGACCUGGGCAACGGCACAUUCUGUCAACCACACCCUGCCGAUACUGCCACCACUACCUGAAGAUAAUCCAAUCACAGAUGUAGAUGAUGUGAAGAAACAUCGCCAUCACACUGAGGAGAUCUUUCAGCCUCCGGAACCACACAUUCCUCCGCAGUCCAUUGACGAGUUUGCGUCUCAGCCGAUUGCAGUGCAUCAGCCUCCACUGGCCGCGGUUUCGCUGGCCCUGAUUGCGUUCAUCUUGUUCAUCUUUGUUGUGGCUCGCUGGUGCUGCUCCGCGCCCACCAGUCGCAACAUUCCACGCAACCCAGCGCUUGGACAACCACGCCGCCGAUCCGGUAGUAGUGCAUGACACUGAGGACGGUAGAUCACCAGCCAUGUAGCCAUCCUGUGGUGUACCAUCCCCGUUGCCAUCCAUGACGGGAAAACCCCCUUGACUGAACAUGAAUAUAGAAACUUGAAUGGAAAUCAAGCUCUCCGCAGCACUCAUAUAAUUUAUUUGUUCCAUCGUAAACCUUUUCACACCGCCAACCCAGUACAGAAAAUAGUCGCUAUGAAUCAUUUACGAAACACAAUAGAGAUCUAGGCAGGCUCGGAGAGUCCAGCAGCAUACAUUUGUCAUAUGUUUGUACCGAUGUGUUUUGAGUUGUUUUAACGUACAUUACAAGCAGGUUCUUGUGUUCUUUGUCCAUAUUUUGAGCAGGAAAAAUGGUGAUGCAUUCUUGGCUACUUUUCCACAAUAAUUAUUUUAUUCUUUAUCUGGUGUCAAGCUAACACUCCUUGCAUACACUUUAAAUACAGCAUGUCUAGCAGCA